UUGAGAAUAUUUAAAUCUAUUACUAAAAAAAAAAUAUCUUAAAAUACUAAUGUACUAAAUGUAGCGGUGACGUCAUAGAAUGACGUCACUGACACGUCAGCGGUGAUCUGCCUUCCUACAUUACAAGAGAAUAUAUCGUUACACAUGGAUUAUGUUCAAAGUCCAUUCGGUUGAAUGAAUUUAUAAUGUUUUGGAUAUGUGAAAAUAUAUGAUAAUUGUAAAAUCUAUUAAAUCAACGAAUGAAUAUAUUAAAUGAUUCCAUUGCUCGAUGAUCGUGUAUCAUUUAUGUCAGGAAGUGUAUUUAUUCUAAGCAAUCUUGUGACGUAAGAAAUGUUGCACGAGUUUACUAAGGAAAAAAAAAAAAAUAAAACAAUUGAAGUCUCAAGAAGGAAAUAGAAAAAAGAGAGCUCGAGAAGGAAUGAAAAGGUAUCGAAGGUACAAAGUGUGAUAGUCACGUUGCAAGAAGUAGAAGAUUCGAAAAAAAGCGUAAAAUUAUCUGCCGCGCCUCUUAGUGCUUUUACAAAGAGACGACGGUGGAAGUUGCGGUGAUAGUAGCGGUGGUGGUGGCGGCGGCGGUGGCGGUGGCGGUGGCGGUGGCUGCGGCGGUGGCAGCGGCAGCGGUAAUGGUGGGGACAACGAUGGCGAGGGACGUGGAUGGUCGCCAUUUUGAUGGUGACGCGCACGGCGCAGCUCGGGUUCCACCAGUGACGAAGCCACUGGAGUUUUGACGUGGCUGCUACGUACCUGCCUGCUUGCCCACUCCGAUUGCAGCAAAGUUGGUGACGAGAAAUACGUAACUGGGCUUCAGGUACCCAGGCUAUGGAAAGUAUGGUCGAGGAAAAUGGAUCGGCCGUUGACCCAUUAUCACAGGGUUCUCAAAGUGGUGAUGCAGCACCGGCAAUUGCAACAUCGGUUCAAUCUGUUAUACAACCUAACCAGCAGUCUGUAAUUCAGACAGCAACAAAUAUUCAACCUGUUGCUCUCUCCAAAGGAAAUGUUAUUCUUGUUAGUAAACCAAAUUCAGUCAUACAAACUGCUCAAGGCAGUUUACAAACGCUUCAGGUUGUUGAGACAGGAAGCGAUGACAGUUUCUCGGAUGAAGAAUCUCCGAAAACAAGAAGUAAUAUUCUCACCAGACGUCCAUCAUACAGAAAAAUUCUUAAUGAUCUAGGUGGCGGAGAAAUUACUGACGGUCGUUUGCCUCCCAUAGAAUCUUCUUCAGAGUGCGAUUCUAAUGUGGACAGUGAAGUGUCUUCCCACUCUCUUCAUUAUCAGACAGUAAUACCUGCUGGCACUAUUCAAAUUGCAACUCAAGGGGAGGGUGUCCCAGGGCUUCAUACGUUAACUAUGAGUAAUGCAGCAACGGCAGGUGGAGCUAUAGUAGAGUAUGCACAGGGUCAGGAUACGCAAUAUUUUGUCCCAGCUUAUCCAGGACAUGGUGUAGUCGUUGAAGAUGCAGCUAGAAAAAGGGAACUGAGGUUGCUGAAGAAUAGACAAGCAGCAAGAGAAUGUAGAAGAAAGAAAAAGGAAUAUAUUAAGUGCUUAGAAAAUCGUGUUGCAGUUUUAGAAAACAGAAAUCAGACUUUAAUUGAUGAGCUGAAGUCCUUGAAAGAGCUCUAUCAACAAAAAGCGGACUGAGGUUGGUGUUCAAUAUUGAAACACUGUAUCAAAAUUAUUAAUCGAUUAUGGAAUUUGUACAUGUUUUGUUUGUGUACAUUAUCCUAAGACAUUGUUAGAUAAACGAUGGUGAUGUACAUGCAUUCUUAUAGAUAAGCGUUCUGUAACAUACUGUAUUUAAGCAUGAAUACAAAGGCUUGUGAGACUUGCUAUUACUAAAGCGAGAAGCCAAAGGUACAUGAAAUGUGGAGGUAGGGAAUGUAUAGACAGAUAUUUGGGAAAUCAUCAUAUAUAUUUUGGAUAAAGAUGAUUAUAAAAUUCACACCAAUGUUCAUGCAUGGAGGGGAUGAAAAAAAUGUUAAUGUUCAAAAUGUACAAUCUACAGAGGCAGUAUGAUCGUGCUAUUUUGAGAUAAAUGAUGUGUUAAUGUAGUAUCACUGCAACCUUCCAUUUGUAUAUUAUAAACUAGAUGAUUGAAAGGUAUUGUAAAAAACAACUCAAUGGUUUUACAAAUAGUCAAUUUGUGAUAAAUUAGUCACUUACAUGAUUUUUUUGCUAUAUAUCUUAUAGGAAAAGAAUUCUAUAAAUAUAUCUAUAAAAUGUAUCAAA